AUGGCCUCGCCACAUCGUAGAAACAGAUCUUCUACUGCUGGCUUUUGUCAUGUUUGUUCGGCGGGAAAUGCUUUAAUGAAGGCCGCCUGCUCUCGCCGGUUACGACUCUGUCGUCUGCUAAUCGAAGGUGGAAGUUCCAUCAACUCUACAAACGAAGUUGGUCAGACGCCUCUGACUGUUGUAUGCCUGUCUGAUGAAGAGCACCAACACGCUGCGCCAAAAGAAAAGGUAAUCGAGUAUUUCCUCCAAAAGGGAGCAAAUGUCAACAGUCAGGACAAUCGCGGACGGACUUGCUUGAUAUACAGCUGUAUGCAGAAUCUAAGUUUCGCAAUUAUCAGACUACUCAUCGAAAGUGGCGCGGAUCCGCUGAUCAUUGACGACACGGGAACAAAUGCUUUGAACUACGCUGCUCAGCAUGGUAAUACAUUUAUCAUAGCUGCUCUUACGGAAUCUGUACGAGCGACGGGAAGAGAUGUAAUUUUGAUUAAGCCAACACCCUCCGAUAUACAAGAAAAGCUUUCAGAAAGACGCCAGAGCUACACACAGCGAAGGCACAAUUUUCAGAACACGUGUACCACAUAUCUUGGAAUUCCGACUAUGUCGCCUAUUGCAAGCCCUGGGUGCGAAGCGUUGACGCCAACAGAUAUAAUACCGUCUCUUGAUGAAAAACUCCAGGAUAAAUUUGUUUUUCAAUUUGGAAAUGGAGAUAAAGCAAAUACGGGUCAACCAAUAGCAGCUAUUACAGUAUCCGCUGCUCAAAAUCAAAAAGAAGAGAAAACCCCCAAAUCUACGGACAUAAUAUAUACUCCCGUGACUCGACCGAAGUCGCCCAAAUCAGCCACAAAUGAAUACUCGGAUACAGAGAAAACAAUUGUACGGAGAUUCUCUCGGACCCUAGGAAGCAUCGAUACGGACGACCUUUCACAGCCAAAACUUUUGACUAAAGGCUCAUCAAUAGAAAGCGAUUCCGAUUUCAUUAUUCAUCCGGGUUCUAUUCGAUCACCAGAUAGAACGCGCAAAAAGAAAAAAGGGAAAAAAUCUAAGAAAAAGUCGGAAGUUGUAGCAAUAGACGUUCAUGCUUUUGAUUUACACAGUCCUGAAGAUAAAGCACUGUAUUCCAAAGCUGAAACGUCACCCCGAAGGUGUAAUACGCGAACUGCAUGUUCCGAGGAAGUUGAGUUACCACUAAGGAGGCGGUGUUCAUUACCGUUAAUAUCACUAAGAGCCGCUGGCAUUGCAGCUUUGAAAUUAGAGGAAUCGAUGUGUCAUCACAGUGCCGAUAACUCUGAAGUCGAUUUAUCAAAGGAACUGGAAAACUCUAUCGAGAAUAUUGAUUUAAGAAAAGUAAGAAAAACUUCUGGAAAACAGCUUGUUGAUAAGAUAUCGAAAUCAAGAAAGACAACACUGCCUCCCCUAAAUCAUAACAGGAUAAUGCCAGGUAUCUCGAAGGAGGGUAGCAUAGACGAAGAUAUUACGGAAAAUGAGAAAAACUGUAUUCUUAAGAAAGCUCUACUUGAGAAGCAUCCAAGUAGGAAGUUUUUCCAAAACAAGAGUGUGUCGUUUCAAGCAGGAGAUGGGGUAGCUCCAGCAUUUAUCGACCAGCGAACCGCAAUGCCCUCUAAGGGCCUUCCUGGUAUGGGAGGGGAGCUGAAGGGAGGGCAUACCUUUCGAAGGCGACAUUCUGUAUUCGCUCAUUAUAAAACAAAUAGCUAA